AUGGUUGUGCAUCCUGUGUUGGCAGGAGGAAGUGGGGAAGGCAGCCCCCAGCUACCACACGAACUAAUAAUACCUCAGUGGAAGGCUGCAGAAGGCCCUACAGGAGAAAAGCAUCCACUCAAAGCUGAGCUCAGGGUACUGGCUGAAGGGCGAGAGCUGAUCCUGGACCUGGAGAAGAAUGAGCACCUUUUUGCUCCAACCUACACAGAAACCCAUUAUACUCCGAGUGGCAACCCUCAAACCACCACGCUGAAAUCCGAGGAUCACUGCUUUUACCACGGGACGGUGAGGAAGGCAGAAGAGUCCAGUGUCACGCUCAGCACCUGCCGGGGAAUGAGAGGACUGAUUGUGGUGAGCAGCAACCUCAGCUACAUCAUCGAGCCCAUCCCCAACAGUGCGGGCCAGCACCUUAUUUACAGAUCGGAACACCUCAAGCUGCCCCCAGGGAGCUGUGGGUUCGAGCACUCCGGCAACACCAGCAGGGACUGGGGCCUUCAGUUUACAAACCAGAUCAAGAAACCACCUCGCCGGAUGAAAAGGGAAGAUUUUAACUCCAUGAAGUACGUGGAGCUUUACCUCGUGGCUGAUUACGCGGAGUUUCAGAAGAAUGGACGAGACCCAGAUGCCACCAAACACAAGCUCAUUGAGAUCGCCAAUUAUGUUGAUAAGUUUUACCGACCCUUUAACAUUCGCAUUGCUCUCGUGGGCUUGGAAGUGUGGACUCAUGGGGAUAUGUGUGAAAUUUCGGGGAACCCGUACUCUACCCUCUGGUCAUUUCUCCGUUGGAGGCGCAAGCUGCUCAUUCAGAAGAAGCACGACAAUGCACAGUUAAUCACGGGCGUCCCUUUCCAGGGCGUCACCAUCGGCCUGGCCCCCCUCAUGGCCAUGUGCUCCGUGUACCAGUCUGGAGGAGUCAACAUGGACCACUCUGAGAACUGCAUUGGCGUGGCUGCCACCGUGGCCCACGAGAUGGGCCACAACUUCGGUAUGAGCCACGAUUCCAAAGGUUGUUGCCACGUCAGCGAGGCCGAUGGUGGGUGCAUCAUGGCAGCCGCCACCGGGGACCCUUUUCCCAAAGUGUUCAAUGGAUGCAACAGGAGGGAGCUGGACAGGUAUUUGCAGUCAGGUGGUGGGAUGUGUCUCUCCAACAUUCCAGACACCAGGAGGCUGUAUGGAGGCCGGAGAUGUGGAAACGGGUACCUGGAAGAUGGGGAAGAAUGCGACUGUGGGGAGGAAGAGGAAUGUGACAACCCCUGCUGCAACGCCUCUAACUGCACCCUGAGAGAAGGGGCGGAGUGUGCCCACGGCGCCUGCUGUCACCACUGUAAGCUGCAGGCCCCUGGCACACUGUGCCGCCAGCAGGCACGGCAGUGCGACCUCCCUGAGUUCUGCACGGGCAAGUCUCCCCACUGUCCCACCAACUUCUACCAGAUGGACGGCACCCCCUGUGAGGGUGGCCAGGCCUACUGCUACAACGGCAUGUGCCUCACCUACCAGGGGCAGUGCCAGCAGCUGUGGGGUCCUGGAGCCCGGCCUGCUCCCGAUCUCUGCUUCGAGAAGGUGAACGUGGCAGGGGACAUCUAUGGAAACUGUGGGAAGGACAUGAAUGGGAAGCACAAGAAGUGCGACAUGAGAGAUGCCAAAUGUGGGAAGAUCCAGUGUCAGAGCUCUGAGGCCCAGCCCCUGGAGUCCAACGCGGUGCCCAUCGACACCACCAUCAUCAUAAACGGGAGGGAGAUCCGAUGUCGGGGCACCCACGUCUACCGAAGUCCCGAGGAGGAGGGUGACAUGCUGGACCCAGGCCUCGUGAUGACCGGGACCAAGUGUGGCUACAACCAUAUUUGCUUCGAGGGGCAGUGCAGGAACACCUCGUUCUUUGAAACAGAAGACUGCAGGAGGAAGUGCAAUGGCCAUGGGGUCUGCAACAACAACCAGAACUGCCACUGCUUCCCCGGCUGGGCCCCGCCCUACUGCGACUCGCCGGGCCACGGGGGCAGCUUCGACAGCGGGCCCAUGCCCCCCGAGGGCGCAGGCCCUGUGCUGGCCGGAGUGUGCUCCACCCUCUCUGUGCUGGCGGUGCUCGUGCUGAUGUACUACUGCUGCAGACAGGACAACGGCCGGCUGGGCCAGCUCAAGCCCUUCGCCCUUCCCUCCAAGCUGAGGCAGCAGUUCAGUUGUCCCUUCAGGGUGUCUCAGAGCAGUGGAACUGGCCAUGCCAACCCAACAUUCAAGUUACAGACCCCCCAGGGCAAGCGCAAGGUGGCCAACACCCCUGAAACCCCACGGAAGCCCCCCCAGCCUCCUCCUCGGCCCCCUCUGGACCACCUGCAUGGCGGGCCCGCACCCGUGCCAUUGCCAGCACAACUCAUCAGGCCUCCUAGGAACCCCCCAGGGGCCGGGCCCCAAGUAGAGAGGAAGGAGUCACCCAGGAGGCCUCCCCCAAACCGUCCAAUGCCCCCUGCACCAAAUUGCAUACUCUCCCAGGAUAUCUCCAGGCCUCGUCCUCCUCAGAAGGCACUCCCAGCUAACCCGGUGCCAGGCCGCAAGAACCUCUCCAGGCUCGGCAAUGUCGCCUUACUGCCACCCACUGCCGCUGCCUCUCAGCAUUCCCAGCUUCUGAUAGCACCUGCCCCGAAGUUUCCUGACUACAGAUCGCAGAGGCCUGGGUGGAUGACCAACUCAAGAAUCUAGACCUUUCUGAGGGGCUGCUCCCUUUCCCGGAGGACUCUGAACCCCACAAUCUUGAAGAGGCCUGUCUGGCCGCCUCUGAGCCCCUCCUCCCCUCCUCUUGGAACUACCACAUCUCCGAAAAUCUCCUUCUUGACUCAUUGCCUCCCCAGCCUCUCGGAGGCCCAGAGGGACCACUGUCCAGUGGCAUCCAAGUGUUGUUUUGUGCAAUAUACAGCCUGGGAGGAGAGGGGACGCAGGAGAGAAGGAGCGGCAGCUUCUCCUCCACCCUCCCUUCACCCGGCCCCUCACCUCAGAGGUGCCCGUGGCCCGGGCUGUCUGAGUUGAGGAGCCUGGCUGGGAAAAGUGCCCUUUGGCUCCUCAGGCCAGGCCUUAGCUUGGAGAAGCCAUCCACCCUCGUCCUGUGGUGGAGGGUGUGCAUGAGAGCUUUCCAUCGCUUCUGUCUUCCACGAAGGUCCCAGGUUAGGCAGAGGCUGGGCGCUUACCCAUCCUCUGUAGCUCUGAGAUUGAGGGGUCGAACCAGCCACUGCUGCAUCCCUGCCUGGGGCUUGGUUGUGGUCACAGCUUCUGGCUCUGCAUCCACAUGCGAACAGAUCCAGUCCCUCUCCACCCCUCCCACGUCCCCACAUCCCCUUACUUCACGGGUCUCUCUGACUCAGACAGGUACUAUUUGUAGGCAGUGUAGACAGCAGGGGGAGCACCAGGCCUCCUCUGAGCCCUAAUGCCAAAGGUUUCGACUCCUGGCUCCCGAUAAUUCUUGGUUGCCCUUGUUUUCUCUUCUGCGCUUCCCAAAUGCCCCACGCUUCUGAUCUCUCCUUUCCCGCUUGGACCCACCCAGUAUGUGGUGCUGCGAGAGGGGACCCUCAGAAGUCCUGACUUCCUGGGGAUCUGGUGCUUGUGACCUGCAUGACAAGGUCCUGCCUCAGGGGUUGGCUCCAUUGGAUCUCAAAGGUGUUGGCCAAAGUGGACUCAGCUCAUGGCUGUGAGGGUCGUGGCUUCAUUUUCCAUUGUGUUUUAUGACCUCAGCAGAGGGUGAGUGUCUCUCCCCCCAACCCUCCACCCCCGACUCCCUGACCUAAAUCUAAGCAACGUCCCCAGGGACCACAGCGGGUGCAGUGACCGAGGGAGCAGACGUCCUAGGAACCCCAGCCUAUGCCUAGGCCUGGUCACCAACCUGAGGCUGGGCCGCUGCCCUCAGAGCAGAGCCAGCCUGUCUCUGGAGGUCCUUAGAGAAGCAGCAGUCGCGAAGGAACAGAGUCUGAGCUGGGGCCAGCCAGACUGUUUACGCCCUACUUCCUUGUGUUCUCUCUGGUCACUGCCCUUACCCAUAGGAACAGGACUCGGAGCAGCGGGGGGGAUGCUGCUCCAGAGGCUCCUGCCCUCCCUGGAGCAUGGACGGAGGGCUGUGUGGUGCUGUGCUAAAUCAGACAACUUGUCGCUGAAUGUUCGUUCUCUGGGACUGUCUCCCACCCCCAGAAAGGUGCUCUUGAAAACCUCAGUGCAAGGAAGAGACUUGAGCUUUCACUCCCAGCCACCACUCGCGACCCCUCUUACAGUUCCCUGCACAAAACAGGUGCUCAGUAGAUGUUCUAGGGUUUGUAGACAAGUGGGAGAUUUAGGAUCUGCACCCGGGGACACACACUGGGUGGAUUUAGAAAGAUCUCAGGAGAAUGGGGUUCUUUUCCCUCAGGUAGUAGUGAUGUUCACACCCCCGUCUCCCUGACACACGCCCUGUUGCCCCCCCAUAGCUAAUCUCUACCUGCCUUGCUGUCGAUUAAGUCAGGGGACAGCCUGCCAUUGAAGUGUGCUACUGCACCUGUCCCAGGCCUCAGUGCUGGGUCCCAGAAGUAAAGAUGAAAACAAGCCUCGCAAAAACAAAGCGCCCUUAAAGCCACUUCCGCAGCUCACGAUGCCCCUGCGGCUUGUCCAGCUUUUCUCCCUCACACCAGGAGGUAGAUGGCUCUAGGGAAAUGCCACAUCCAUUCGGCUGCUUGAGCCUUUUGAACCUGAAAUCCACUCUCCCUGGAACCACAACCCAAAGAGAUCUGGGUGGUUGCUUUCUUGUUCCCCCUCCCCCAUUAUUUUAAUACCACCUCUACCCCCAUAAAAUUGUACUGUGAACUGGAAGAUGGUUGAAUUUUUAAAAUUUGAUAGAGACUUUUGGCAGCCGGUUCUAUUUACUGUUUCACUCCAGGCUCUGUUCAGGAAGCCGGGCGUUGCCACUCUGGCCGGCCCAGGUGGUUGCCCAGGAGCAAGACCGGCCAUGCAGUGCCCCUUUCCCCCCUCCCCGUGCCCAUGUGCUGCUUUGAGGUGACAAAGUUGAAUCCACACUUAAGGAAGGGGGGGUCUUUAUUUGAAAGGAUUGCUGCAAGAUGGGGAAAGGGAAUGUUGUGUAGGGGCAGAAGACUGUUGCAGUAAGGAGAAUGCUCAGAAAGAAGAAAAGCCUUUAAGUUUAUAGGGAGGAGUGAACUUGGGGAGAAAGGCACAUUCAGGGAACAUCUUUGUGCUGAGCCUUUUGCGGGAGGGGCUGUAUGUUGGCUCAGGCUGAGGGUGGGUCCAGGUUCAGAGUCAUGGGGAGGAGAGGAGCUUAACUAAGGUUUGGUAGAGUGAGUUAACCAGCGCUUUGUUCAGAUGGAGAUAUAUAUAAAUCUUUUUUAAAGCUAAUUUAUAGCCUUCUGCCAGUUUUACAACCCGGGAAAUGUUUUCCUUACGAGCCUGGGAGCCAUCUCUGAAAUGUAAACCUCAGGGGACCUCAGGGAGAUAGCGCCUGGCUCCGUGCCUGUCUCAGUGGGAACUUCAGCCCAGGCACCGGGCUCCAAGUCGGAACUACCUGCUUGCCCUGGGUUCCCUUUAGCCUUGUUUACUUCUCCCAAUAAAAGAAAAACCCCUUUCUGCCCCAGCUCCGAGACGCUUACAGAUCUCAUGGGAUUGCAGUCGCCCCUUAGCCCUAUUGCCUUGCCAUCUCUUGCAAUAAUCCUUUUGAAUAAAACCUCCCCUUACCUAUGUCCAAAUUUGGUAUUUGGCAGAGCGGAGGGAAGGCCUGCAUAUUUAAAUUGGGGACCAGUUCAAGUCAGUGAUUGUGUUAACUGCGUGUAUAACAACUCUGCUGGACACCCACGAACUCCAAGGGAAUGGCAACUGGAAAGGUGCUAAGAGGGGUCCUGCAGAAUCAAAGCCAAGUGCCCCCAAACUUACCCAUCCCCCCAUCCUCUCACACCAUCCACUGUGUGUGUGUGUGUGUGUGUGUCUGGGAACCAAGGCAAUGUGAAUUUUCUUUUAUUUGGGAGAUUGUUCAUGGAAAACAGAUCAUCAUCUUCUCGUCCACCUAUUAAUUGUUUACAGUAUUUGUACAUCUAUGCAAAAUUACUUGAAUGGGCCAUGGUGCCUUUUGCCCUUGUUUGUAUUUAAUUAAAAUUGUCAUUUGAAAUGUC